ACCUUUACACCCCUCUCAUUCGACACUAUCAUUCGACAACAACACAAACAACAAACGUACACAUCAAAAAACAACAUGACAGGCUGUAGCAAAAUCCGCCACAUUGUUCAACUCCGUCAAAUGCUACGCCGCUGGCGAAAAAAAGCCGCAAUGCAGUCUCGGAAAUGCAUACCUUCUGAUGUCCCCGCGGGACAUGUAGCCGUUUGUGUCGGCUCAAACUACCGUAGAUUUGUCGUUCGAGCAACCCACCUCAACCACCCCGUGUUUAAAAAGCUUCUAGUGCAAGCCGAAGAAGAAUUCGGCUUUUCUCAAUCCGGCCCAUUAGCGAUCCCUUGCGACGAGUAUUUGUUUGAAGAAAUUAUCCGGUUUUUAUCACGGUCCGAUUCGUCAGCGAACCGGUUUGUUAAUCUUGAAGAGUUUCAACGUCACUGUCACGUAGGCAUGAGGAGCAAUUUGGAUUUCUGGCCAGAGUCUCGGCCUCUACUUCGGUGAAUAAAAAAACAAAAAAAUAAUAAUAAUAAAACGAGUGAGUCGACUCAGAUUUUGACCCCGAGUCGACUCGGGGCCCGCGGCCAACAUGCACAAAGAAGUAAAGGACUCCGGUUUGGGGACUUGUUAGUAAUUUCAGCUAGCAUUAUUACACAAAGGUUAGAGACUAUUUAAAGUCUUUUGCCUUUGUUUCUUUUGUAUUUUUACGGAAUUGCCCCGAAAUGUAACUUGUUGGGGGGUGGUGGGAGUGUUACUGAGUCACCGAGUUGACUCAUCGAGUUAAGGAGAUGGCAACACUGAGUCGUCCCAGAUUUGAAUCGGAGUCACAAGUCGCAACUGAAUCAAAGAAGAGGGAGGGAAAUGGUUGAUUGGUUAUAGAUGGGGGUCACUUUUGUAAAUUACCAUGUGCAAUUGUGCAUUCAAUUGAUUCUGUUAUUAUUACGAUUUAUAUUAUAAGUGAAAUAUGCAAAUUGUAGAGAAAAUUCCAA